CAUCCACAUCCGCGUUGGGGCUGGAGACACGCCUUCCUCUCACUCUCACGCUCCAGAUCCAGGCGGCAGUGCGCGCUCAGGGGUGGUGCUCCGGUCCUGCCACUCGCCGUCCCGACAGGCAGGGGCCGGGAGCGAGCCUGAGCCACAGGUUGGGAACGUGAAGAGCUGUCCCCGCGAUGGUCGCCCUGUAGAGCAGAUCCGGUGUGCCUGCUGCUGGCGUGGAAGCUCAGGAGUUCCAGGGCUUGGGGACCGGGAGGGCAGCCUCUGAAACCUGACACCCAGCCCUCGCGCAAAGGAAACUUCGCAGGCUGGCCCAACCAGACCAUCACUAUGACCGAUGGGGACUAUGAUUAUCUGAUCAAACUCCUGGCCCUUGGAGACUCAGGGGUGGGGAAGACGACAUUUCUUUAUCGGUACACAGACAAUAAAUUCAAUCCCAAGUUCAUCACGACAGUAGGAAUAGACUUUCGGGAAAAACGUGUGGUUUACAACACGCAGGGGCCCAAUGAAGCGUCAGGGAAAAUGUUUAAGGUGCACCUCCAGCUCUGGGACACCGCGGGACAAGAGCGGUUCCGGAGCCUCACGACCGCCUUUUUCAGAGACGCCAUGGGUUUCUUAUUAAUGUUUGACCUCACCAGUCAGCAGAGCUUCUUGAAUGUCAGAAACUGGAUGAGCCAACUGCAAGCCAAUGCUUAUUGUGAAAACCCAGAUAUCGUGCUAAUUGGCAACAAGGCAGACCUGCCAGACCAGAGGGAAGUCAGCGAACGGCAAGCCCGGGAAAUGGCCGACAAGUACAGCAUUCCGUAUUUUGAAACAAGUGCGGCGACUGGCCAGAACGUUGAGAAAGCCGUGGAAACUCUCCUGGACUUAAUCAUGAAGCGAAUGGAGCAGUGUGUGGAGAAGACCCAAGUCCCCGACGCUGUCAACGGUGGAAGUUCCGGGAAGCUGGACGGGGACAAAGCAGCCGAGAAGAGAUGCGCCUGCUAGACUUUGCCCAGGACCUCCUCACCCAGACCCCCAGCCUGAUAUUACUGCCCGAUCAGCGACCAACCACGAAAUUGCCACCGUGCACAGUGGCGCGUCUGUCUUCUCCUGCCAGAGAAUCUGUUUUAAGAAACCAAAAUAGUCAACAGUAUUCAAAAGAAUUGACCGGUGGUUUCUGAGGCGCUUUCAAACAAGAUCAAAGCUUUUGUAGUGUGCCCUCACCAGUCCGAGUGCCCGGCUCAUUGUUCUUAGAAGGAAGACAAGUGUGCAGGAGAGGGCACAAGACGAAAUGGAGGGCGUUUUAAAUCAGAGCCAGGCUCGCCCUGUUGCACUGGAGAGGGAUAGGCUGCCAAAGGGAGAACAUAGAAAGAUGAUUUUUUUCAAAAGACUGAGUUUGCUUCUCACGUAGAAUAUGAUUAUUACUCUUGGUUUGCAUUGGGGGAACAUAUUAGUUAGAGUGGAUACACAAUAAAGAAUUUUAAAUGGAUCCUUAAGAAUGAUCCUGCCCAAUAAGCGGUACUAGAAAGAGUAAUUUAGUGACGAGGCUGUGGGGGGAUGAAUGUCAGACUUCUGCUAAAAUGUGGGCACUUGUGUAAUAAUGCCAUCUUUAUAUUAAUAAAUGUCAGACAGACAAGAACAAGAGGGUGAGCGACAAAGUACAAGGGAAGCGCCCGGGGAGAAAAAUGAAAGUGGGGGACCACGGCAUGUGGACAAACGAAAUGAAAUGUAUCUGUUGCAGAUGUCUGGAGGAGUUAAUAGUCAGCUUUCACUCCGGCCAAGUAGAAAUUGACAUUAUCAGUGGGGAUUAAGAGAAGAUCCAGAAGUUUCCAUUUCGAACAUCAUUUUAGAAAUAGGUUCAGGGUUCGGCUUCACAUUUCAUUUUUUCCCCUAAGUAAAUGGUGAUAGUCGCAAAGACAAAUGAAAGAUUGCUGUUUAUUAAGUAUCUUUCUUUAAAGACAGUAAAAAAAAAACCCUAUUUCACCUUAAUUUCUUUUAGGUGAAUAUGCUGGUGAUGUGAAACAAAAGGUGACUAUUAGUUGUGGAUUUCUUUUCAAUUUACAAAAACAGUGAAAUCUCUAAAUUAUAUUUCUCUCUUCUAACCCACACCUACCCCUGGCUUUGAAUCAAUUGUAAAAAUACAGGCGUGUCACUGUGUAGACCAACUUCAGAGUAAUGAUGGAUCAAUUUCAAUGGUUACUCUGAAUUUUCAUGUCAUUAAUCACAAAAAAAAUUGAUGGUAACUCAUGCCAUAUUAUAAUAUAUUUAGCAUUUGUUUUUAUUUGGCCUAAGGCAAAAGGCCCAUAGUUGACCUAUAUUUGGGGAUUGGGCAGGAAUGGAACUGUAUUUUAUCUCACCAAAAAUUUGUAAAUCAUUUUAUUUUUUUAUAAGAAGCUGUCUUUUCUUUGAAAAAAAAUGAUCCCCAAAGUAUUUUUCAUUGGCCUAUUAUCAUUUGUGUCUAAAUUAACAACAACUCUUAUUAAAUUGUUAUUUAAAUAUUCCAGUGAAUUUUAUCAAUAACAAAGGCAUUACACUUUAUGUUUUCUCUUUUUGUUAGGCGUUAUAUGAUUUUUCAAUGGAAUAGUUCCUCUUCCUAUAACAUUUUGUCAGUUAAACUUCAUUUUUUUCCAACUUGGUGCCUAUUUUGUUAAGUUACAGAUGCCGGAAACCCUCAACUUAGCUCCCUGUCCCCCACUGCUGCCUGCCAACCUCUCUCUGGUAUCGAAUCAUUUUUAGAUCCAAAGAAAUGUCUGUAGACAUAAUGAUCUUAGCGUGGACUGGGCUCAGAAAUGCGCCAUGAAUGAAAGCAGUCCGGAAGCUUUGACGAGUCCACCCUCUGCGAAGUUCCUGGCGUUUACUGCCCACCUCCUCUGACUUCUGCAGGGCGUCGCCAGCUCCUAAGAUGGAUCACAGGCGGGGGCCACCUGCAAAGGUGUUUCCCUCCAGGAUGCUCUUCAUGACCUCGGUACCUGUGCCAUGAAAAUGGAAAUCUGUUAGCUAUCCAGAAACAUGUUUCUUUUAGAAAAGGGAACAGAAACAAUGUAACUAUUGUUGUAGCAAAAUUUGGUGAACUUUUGAGGUCGUUAUAUCACUUUCUUAUUUGGAUCCAAAUUGUGAUUCCCCCUGCAUUUCCACAAUAUGGAAUGUUUAGCCUUCAUAAAAUUCUAAAGGUAUUCUAUUUGGGGUAGGUCUUUCUAUUUCUUUUAAUUUCCCAGUUAUAUGAUUGAUUUACUUAUGCCAAGAUUCUGUCAUUGUCAGCUUAUUUAACGAGCAUUUGUUCAGGGUCUAUUUUGAGAUUGUCACUGGAUCGUUGCAGCGUGAAGCAGAGGGUGAUGAUGUCCAUAAUUAUAGAACUGUGCCUGUGAAAAGAACAAUUACUGGGUAAUAAUCUCAAGGACAACAAAACUUAAAACAGGCAUGAAAAGUAAUUUAUAAUUGUAUUCUACUGAUUAAAACUUGAUGUAAAAAAUAAUUUUCUCUGAGAAGUUUGACACCUGGCCCCAAAUUCUAUUUAAACGUUCAUACAAAUUCCCCCUCUCAUUAUCACAUAAUUAAUAUUCUGUAUUAUUAAUUUUACUGAUUUGGGGCCACAAAGUAGGCAGACUGCCUUGGAGAAUUGCACAGUCGCUCUCACCCACAGUAACAUAUAUUUUUAGCCAAGGUGAGUCCUAUUACUAAUUAUCUCCCAAAUGCUCUUGUAAACCAAAUUGCACUUUGGGAAACUAUGUAAAGUGUACAUGAAAUUCCUUUCUGGUAUAGAAACCGUGUCUGGGGCGUGUAUUCUGCUUCGAUGUUUACAUUGCUCUAAACCGGUGCCUCGGAUACCUCUGUGACCAAAUCUGUCUCCAGCCACGUAGCUCGUCCUAUAAUCUGUUAUAGGGAGGCCUCCCAGAGACACUGAUGCAGCCAAAGGUCUUUGAUGUCUUCGGCAGAGGGUUCAAGGACGUCAUCAGAAUCUGGAGGUCAUUACCACCACCUCCUGGUCUCCUAGCUCAGUUCUCAUGGAGUGAGCAUUACUUGAGACUCUUAACUGAUUAGGUACAAAGUUAUCGUUAAAUGUAAAGAAAAAAAAUCCUUUGGAAAAUGUGUCAGAACUAGUUGCAAGAACACAGUGUUCGUCUUGGUAUGCAGAGGGUGACAGGCCAUGAAUCGGCAGAGAAAAUACUAAAUUCUGGGAGUUGAGCUGGUGGGUCUCCACAUGAGAGUUUUAAAGUUCUUUCAAGUCACGCUCUAGCCAGUUUGCUACCAUUUCCAUAUUACCAGCUACCACACUGCAAAAAAUUCAAAGCCAGCAUUUUCUACAGUAAAUAUUUUGUCUUGUUUUAAUCAGAUGGGCCGUGCUCUGUAUGCAGCGGGGGGGGGCGGGAGAGGGUGCUGUCUUUCUUAGGCUUCUAGUGUAAGGUGUUUUCUACCAAUCAGUAUGGGUCAGAUGAACUGGGCAAGAGUUUUAAUCAGUCUUUACGAGAGGGAGAGAAGCUUGACCAUAGAGAAGGACGUGAUUAUAUUUAAAAAAUAACUUAAUAGUAAUCAAAUAUUCUUUAAACUGUAAAUUGAGUCUGCUGGAAAUCACCCAAUGUAAUGAAGCUCAUUUUCAGUGGUAGAGUGAGUACAGCAUUUAGAGAAAUAAUAUGUGCAAUAGACAGCGUGUACAACGAGGUUCAGCGCAUACCCGGGAAUCUCGUGUCUGUGGAACAGAUCGCUGAGCGCCCUGUGUCUCUGUUCUCGCGGUAAAAGGCUGGGGAGAGCAGACGCAGUCCUUAUCGUGUGUCACACUAAAAAUUUGAGGGGAACCCCUCAUCUGUAAAGAAUUUUGGAGUUUAGAACUCCAGCUUUAAAGAAAGAAUAUUGAAGCUUCUAUUUCCUAAGACACAGAAUAACUCUUUAGAAGGAACUUCUGAGAACCGAUGUUAACCAAAGAGAUUUUUAAAAGUUUCACUUUCACCCUCUCCUACCCAGCUUUAAAGCAUUAAGAGAAGUCUAGAAUGUUUAAGUAUGUUAGGGAAAGCUGUAUUGUUUUUUUCAAGAUGCUGUCUGUAUUUGAAAAGGUUGUCUAAAAAUCUACCAAAAAAGUAUAUUUUUUCCUUGAUUUUUGGCCAAGAUGAUACGAACUUAUUUCUGGGCAGAGUGGUGAGCUCUUAACAUGGAAAGUAGAUAGAGAAUAUUGUCUGGGAUGAGUGUUGUCUUGAUGCAUAAAGACAAACCCAUGAAAAUACUUGUCUCAUAAAGUAGAAGUGAUAACAAUUAUUGCUACAUAUAGUGGGGAUUUUAUAAACUUGUUGCCUUAGAAUUCUUGGGUGGAGAUCAACUACAAUGACGUGGUUGAGCAAGAGCUACAAGGAGAGAGACAAGUUCAAAGUUUCUAAGUGAAGUUCUUAAAUAUAGCAGCACAUGGAGGAGUUCAUCCCCAAAAGGUGGAUGUUUAGGCAGGAAAAAGAAGAUGACCAGAAAGAGUUUUUGUAACUACAUCCAUGGCAAAUAUUUAUCCUUCAUUUUUAUCUACCCGGUAGAGAAUUAUAUCCUUUGAACUAAGCUAAUAAAAAUAUUUAAGCUAAGAUAUUUCACUAUUAGAAUCAAAAGUUUGGAAACAAACGUUUUUAUCUGAAACUCUUUUUCUGAUAGAUUGGAGUAGCUUCACAAAGAUGGUUCUCUGCAGAGCAGCGCCGGCAGCCUAUGGUUGCUGAGAGAUUCUCUGACUUCGCACACAGAGAGAACAAACUCUCCGUGCCCAAAGAGUGGGAUUAUUGCACAGGGUGUCACUUUUUGGGGGAAAAAAACCCACAACAAUGUACAAAUGAAUCACCUUUGAAGUCAUUUAAAUGUUUUCCAGUUCUCUUUCUCACAGAGAAAGAGAGCCAUGGGAGUAGCCAUGGGAGUCACGGCUAAUACCCCUCAGCUGACUUAGUCUUUAAGGAUCUUUAACAAAUUGUGUAGGAGCUGGUUUGUCUGCCCUUAAUGACCUAGUGAGUCUCUUAUUUAACCAGUGGCUGUUGUCCAUAUGUCUGUUGACACCUCAAAGUAGGGUCCCUAGCAAUGUGGAGUAACACACCAUACGUAUUCUGAACCUUCUGUUCUCCAGGUUAUUGUUUCAAAUGCUCUUGGAGAGGAAGCCUGGAAAUAGAAAGGGUCCAGAAAGAACCAGCUGGCAACCAUGUGUCUGUUAUGAACUCUCACAGCAGCUUCUCCUCAUGUGGGACUUGCCAACCCCACGUGCUUCCCAAGGUUCCUGUCGGGCUCCGUGGCGAACAUACAUAAGAAAUAGGUUUGCAGGUUAUGUCCCACUUCAUACACAGGCACUGUUAGCACAAACUAAGAACUAAUCAAGAGUCAAAGCUGUCAUUUAAACCACUUGUGAAUAGAAGUGUCGUAGCAGGGACACAGGUCAUUUUAGUAGGUGGUGUCUCGGAAGCCACCAAUGGGCAGUCAAUUUGAGGUUACUGUAUUUGAUUGAAAUGUUUAAUAUAUUGCAAGUUCCUGGAAAAAAACUAUGAGUUCUAUUUUGUUUUGUAUGUCACCUUGUAUUUCCUUCAGGGAGUCCAGUUAUAUUCGAGAUUGCAUAUUACAACCUGGUCAAAAUACUCCUUGUACAAAUAGGGCUUUUGUGUCCAUGGCCUUGUAAAAGAUACUUGUAUCUGAAAUUAUUUAAUACAAGUUAGUAAUCCCGCUUCACGUGUCAAGAGUAGACGAUGUUCUGACGUAACAUGGAUGUGCUUCCCCCCAUCCCGAUGGUCUGUCUUCACGUGAUGCCGUCCUCGUUUCUAGGCUAAGCACGUUCGAUUUUGUCUGUCGCCUGCACAGAUCUCUGUUUCGUCUAGUGCUCUGACUGUGAGUUAAAACUCUGAACCUAGGGGCUUUUUUCUCUGUGCCCCUGGAUGGACUGCGGUGCCUGACAGAUGCUGUUAGGUCGUUAUCCUGGUGUACCAAAGUUCCAGUGACUUCAGAAAUCAUAGCAUCCAAUGAUUUUGUGGUGUCUGGGUUUGAAUACUAUGGUUGAGAACUGUAUUCAGUGAUUGUUACUGCACACUUUUCAAAUAAAAAUGCCAAUAAUUUUUACC